AGUGCCUCCGGCUGCGGGGUGAGUUCACACUGCCCGCAGCCAGUUCCGGGCCUGAGUCAGGCCUGAGCCUCCGGACUUCUUCCGCGCGGUCCCGCCCCUUGCCCCGGAAGCACUCGCUGCAGGCGGAGGUUUCUGGGUUUCUUGGUUAGACGCACUUCCUUUUUGUCCGACAUUUUAGCGAAGCAAGGUGGUAGCAGUUGCUCUCGCGACUUCGCUAUGCCGCCGAAGGAUGACAAGAAGAAGAAAGAUGCCGGAAAGUCGGCCAAGAAAGACAAAGACCCAGUGAACAAAUCUGGGGGCAAAGCCAAAAAGAAGAAGUGGUCCAAAGGCAAAGUUCGGGACAAGCUCAAUAACCUAGUCUUGUUUGACAAAGCAACAUAUGACAAACUCUGUAAAGAAGUUCCCAACUAUAAGCUUAUAACUCCAGCUGUCGUCUCUGAGAGACUGAAGAUUCGUGGCUCCCUGGCCAGGGCAGCCCUGCAGGAGCUGCUUAGUAAAGGACUUAUUAAACUGGUUUCAAAGCAUAGAGCUCAAGUAAUUUACACCAGAAAUACCAAGGGUGGAGAUGCUCCAGCUGCUGGGGAAGAUGCAUGAACAGGUCCCACCAGCUGUAUAUUUUGAAAAAUAAAACUUUAUUAAAUCAAAUAA